UUUUUAUUUUUAUUUACUUACCUUUUUUGUUAUUUUCAGUAGAUGUAAACAUUUAUCAGCUAUUUUCAAUUUUUUGCUGACAUGUGUGCUAGGCCUACUUAUGGGUCCCAAAAAAUUGUUCAAGGUGAGUUGACCGUCGAUAAGAAUUUAGGCUUGAGAGCUGCUGAUACUGUCCAGUGCAGAAUAGAAUCAGAGUUAUAUCUUUUUGGCUGUUAUCGCGAUUACGAAAAUUGAGUCAGAGCCCUGUAAUUGAAUUUAAGUUUGACUGGAGAUUAUUUUAAAACCAACAUGUUGAAACCAUAUGGUCCGUUAUGUUCUAUAGGUAGUCAGAAUUUACAUUUUCCAAACAAUAUAUUGAAUUUUAUUGGUGCUUUCAUUCCCGGACAUAUUUUUAAAAUAAAGGGAAGCAGUUUCCGGUCUUAUGUUUUUCUUUCCCAACAUCUUGUUACAUUACAUAAGGAAACUCGAUUAUAAUUGAACCUUGGAUACUGGCCAACUAUAAUGGUCGCACUCUUCUCAAAAGUUUUUCUUUACUAGGCGAUGUUGUCCUAGGGUGAACUCUGUAGGCUUCCCACUCAACUUCCAGUUCAACUCCAGGAAAGUCCUGAAAGAACUGUAGACACAUUUCUAUUUAAAGUUAUUUAUUGAAAGUUCAUGUAAGAUAAAAGAUGUCCAGGAAACGAUAGACGAUGUCUGUGAUUUGGUAUGUUUGGUAUGCAAAUGAUGAUGUUGGAUGGGUAUAGAAAACGGAGAGUUGCUUUCUUUUUGGUUGGUCUUAUUGGCUCUGGAAUUCUCACAUAUUUAAUCUGUGUAAGUGAAGCCAACUUUUCUGGUACAAUAUUACUCCUUGUUUCAGUAGCAGCGGGGCUUUUUUUCAGCCUAUUCACCACCACUGUUCUCUACAUUGGCUAUUUUGUAACAGCUCUGUUUGCUGGACUAUCUUUGGGCUUUGCUGUCGCACUUUUAUACACAACAUUCGAUCUGCUUCACUCGAUUGCAGUGCCAUGUGUCAUCAUAGCAUCUGUUGGUCUUGUUCAAGUGUUUUUCACACUCUGGUGGAGAAGAGUCAUGCUAAUCAUAUCAACUGCACUGUUGGGCUCGACAAUGGUUGCAGGUGGCCUCGAUUAUUUUGUAGAGGGCCUUUUCUUGCUUAAGUAUUCUGAGCAGAAGAUUUUUUAUUCAAAAGUAGCACCACUUUGCUGGUACAGUUUUGUCAUCAUGGGGAUUUGGCCAGCACUUUUUCUUGUGAGUAUGAUUGUACAGUUUUUUUGGACUGGAAAGGAAAAGCACAAGACCAACUAUGUUUUUAUUUAUCGUCCACGAAAAAGAAAUCAAGAAGAAUUCAUUGGACUUACAGACAUCAAUGCUGCAUACCCUGGCUGAGGUGGCAAGUUACAUGCCAAUUUUUGACUGGGAACUGCUUUGAAUUUCCAUAAGAUUCGAUAUUGGUGUAUGAGCUGAUAUGACACAUUAUUUACAUCUUGAUAUUUACACAAUUCUUAAGACAGUGCAACCACUAACAUAGCAAGGUGCAAGCUGAAAAUGUGACAAUAUCAAAUGAUUGUUUCCUCUCAUAUUGCAGCUGACCAGCUGCUUUUAUAGUUUUGUGACUCCUACCAUAAAGAGAAAAGCAAAACUGCAACAGAGUGCUUCCAAUCUGCCCUUCCAGUACUCUCUGGUGGGGACUAGGAGAUGGAUGCCUUCACCAAUUUUUUUCUGAGAAAGGCAAUCAAUGAUACGUUAAUAGAGUUCUGAAAGCAUAUCUUUUUUCAAAUUACUUUUAACAUUUUCGUUUUUAAAAUUCUAAGCGGUGUUGUCACUAAAAUUCCCGAAAGAAAGCUCUUAUACCACACAAAGGCUAGACUUUCUCCACUUGCAUUUGCACCUUGACUAUGCUAGUAUCUGCAUUGUGAAUGAAAAGAGAUCACUUUUAAAUGUUAUUAAGACAACUUUUAAAUGUUAAUGCAAACUUUUUCAGGGACAUCUUUCAUCAAAUAGUGGUAGGAAACUUGGGGCUUUGAUUCUGUAAUUCAGGUAUUCCCUCUUGGUCUGUCAUGAUGUUUCAAUUGCACAGUCAGUUUAACCUAUUUUUAGUUUACUAACCGUUUUUGGCUGUUAUUUUUAGGCUGUUGAGAUUAUGAAGCUUUUGCUAUGUUUUUGGCAGUAGAUAUUGGUGACUUACAUCAACAUUGGAUAGUGAAUUUCAAAUUUCCUAUUAGGCCACAAUUUCAUGUUUCAAAAAUGUCACCUAUAAACUCCCGUAUAAUAUGUCACAGAAGUUAUGUUUGCUAUGAACCUAGCUCUUUGUUCUUUGCUCAAGCUCUGACUUGCAAGGUAGCAUUUAUCUAAUGGUAUUAUCCUAUCUUCUCCUUAUAAGUUAAUGGGAUUUUUGGUUUUUUUAAAUUUUUUGUAUUUUAAGGAAUGUUUCAUAAGCUCUUGUUUGUUUUCAUGUGUUAGCAUUUAAGGUGUAGAAUUUCGUUUUUUAUAUCCAACUUUCUUUUAGGAUUUAGUGUUUUGUGCUCUAGAUUUUUAAUAUCUAACUCACUUCCAUUUUGAGCACAUCAAAAGCCAUAUUCUGUAAUACUUUUCUUGGAACAUAGGUGUUGGAUUCACUGACAACUUACAUGUUCAUAGAGAUCUUAGAAUUUUUCCAGAUUGUAACAAAACAUAAGUUCUUUCUUCUUCAUACCUCUAAGUAAUCAUUGAUCAAUAAAUGAUCUUCUUCUUAUUUUGCAACUUAUAGGUUCAAUUUAUGGGGUUUUUCCAUUUUACGCAUCUUUCAGUAUUUGAUCAGAGGUUAGGUAUUCAUUACAAAAUGGGACAGGGGCGUCGUGGCGACCGGCUACUUUUUGGCGGGGGUACAUCGUCUGAUUUUUCGUCAAGUUUUAGCAUAAGGGUACGAACAACUGAAAAAAUGUGUGGUUUGGCCUUUUUUAGAAACUUCUUACCAGAAGUUUCCGACACAUUCGAUGAAGUUCAGUAGAGGGGGCUAAAUGAAUGAUCGCCACGAUGCCUUUAAAGUAGUGUCUAAUCAAGGCGAAAUAGUCAAAAUGUUUGCUUACAUAAGUCCAUAUUGAAAGUCUUAUUCAAUCGUUUUAUAAAAUUUUACAAUUAGUCUCCUUUUACAAACGUUUUUAAUUAUUUAGCAAAGCGUGGCCUAGUUCUUGAAUUUUUUACGUAUUUAUUGACACUUGGUGUUGGUUGAGUUUGUCUAACUUCUGUAUGCAAAAAGGAUUAAAAUUGUACAUAGUCUAAAGCCGUUUCUUGAACAUUGAUUGUAUCAACAACAACAAUGUCUUUUGUGUGAUCUUCUAGUCUGCAUCGGUGAAAUUUUUUUCCACAUAUAAAAGGAUACAAUGAAUGCCGUGAUAAGAAAUUUGACUGCUAUGAGAAGGGCGCAAUGACUCACCCUAAGCAUAGUUAAUGCCCUAAGCUAGCCUUUGUUUUUGAUAUAUAUAAGAAAAGCACAUCAUAUUUUUUGUAAUGAUUGAAAACUUAUAUCUUGUAAAAUCAUGCAUAAUUUUUGAUGACCUUAGCGCUGUUUACUCAUAUGGAAUCACUAAUUUUUUCUUACAGAAUCCUCAUCAUAGGGCAACUCUUAAGUAUGAGACUAAAAGGAUUAUUUGUCCCCUACUAAACGAUAUUACCAGCUGUGUUUGUCAAGAUAUUGGCCUCUUUUCGCAGCUUUCCUCCACCCCAAACGUCACUGUAGCCUUUGUCAUUCCAAAGUACUGCACUUUAAUUGGCAUCCAUUGCAUCAAAAUCGAAAGCGAUGAAAAAAAUUCAUUAAGAGCUAGAAAUCUGCCAAAAAUUAAGAGCUAGAAUGAGCCUCAUUAUUUCUGACAAACAUAAAUGCUUUGUGAUUUCAUCAACAGUUACUAGUUAAGCCUAAGCAAAUAUUCUUCCGGAAUAACGCCAGAUUUGAGCCAAAAGACAGAUCACAAAAUUCUAUUUUCGACACUAUGACAGCGACCCUUAACUUGAAGGCAAUGAGUUAGGCGUGGAACCUCCUAUCGAGGCCGCUAAGAGGCGGCAGGGGCCAAAGAUGCAGAUUGUAUGCAUCUGGGAAUGCUUAUCCGUUUCAAGCAGGUGCAUUUGGGACCAGCUCUGUUGCAAGGCUCCUUUCGAUUCUCUCAGAAGGGAUCGAUUCUUUUUUCCACUCCCGAGGGGUGUGAAACUCUUUCCGAAAAGCGUACGAGAUUCAUUUUAAAACAAUAGUAUUAUUGGAACAAUUUUCUUGAAAACAAAAGGAUUUUAGCCUAAGACGCACAAACUUUGGUGGAGUGAUAUGGCCCUCACCCACACCUAUACUCGAUAUUCUGGUCUUCAAAGGCAGUUGGCCACGUCUUCGCACAGUAAGGACUGUUCAGUGCCUCGCAGAUAUUGUCGAAGCCCAUAAAAGCAUUCAAAACUUGUGUACUAACCUACAACGACCAGUAGUCGCACCCAACAAGCAACACAUUCAUUUUGAGACCAACACACCCAAAGAGAUGGUGUCGUGCUGUAUUUUUCGGUUGGAUCGAUGGCACUUAUACAAAACUCCAAGCUGAGACAAAUAUCGGCAAAAUGGUUUACGGUGUGAGCACAGGCUGAUUGCACAAGAAAACAAAAAAGUGAGAGCAUUUCGGACCAUGGAAGCGAAAGUUGUCAGGGUGGAAUGCCUAGUAGCAGGAAGAACUGACCUUCAAUUGAACCACUGGAUCCACAUUGCUUGUCAAAUAGCAUUCUUCAUAUAAUGCGGACUGUGCAGACAAAGCAUGCUCGAAUCUUGGCUAUUCCAACAGCGCGCAAGAUGAAAUCUUUGAUAAGCAAAAGUUUUUCAUUGAUAGCUCUUAACAGUCUUAUAAUAAUUGCCGUAGUAAAUCUUUGGUUUACCAUUUGCA